AUGAGUGACCCAACCAACCCCAACAUUGAGAAGCGAACAACCCCCCAAUGGGCUCUGUACCAACGUGAGAACUUCUGGAAAGUAAAUGAUGGUCAAACUGUCCCGUUCAAUACAGACCCGAGAAAGCUCGAAGAGGAGGCACACAAGAAGUUAAGCCAAGGGGGCUGGUUCUAUGCAUCCUCCAACGCAGGCAUGUCCAACACCCACCUCGCCAACCGGCAAGCCUUCUUCCGUCAUCGGAUCAUCCCCAACCAACUAGUAGACACCAACCAGCGAGACACCACCACCGAGAUCUUCGGCCAUAAAGUAUCCGCGCCAAUCGGCUUCGCGCCCAUCGGGAUCAACAAGAUCUACCACCCAUCCGCCGAGCUCGCAGUAGCCAAAGUGGCCGGCGAACUCAACCUCCCCUACUGUCUCUCCACAGCAGGAAGCACCCCCAUCGAGAAAGUCGGCGAAGCCAACGGCCAAGGCAGCCCCCGUUUCUUCCAGCUAUACAUGCCACAUGAUGACGAGCUGACCUUGUCCCUGCUCAACCGGGCCUGGAAGUCCGGGUUCGAUGCGCUGAUCCUCACAACUGAUACCUGGCAAUUGGGCUGGCGGCAUGACGACGUCGCCAACUCCAAUUAUGCCUUUUACCGCGGCAUCGGGGCGGACCUUGGCUUGACGGAUCCGGUGUUCCAGAAACGGUGUCGCGAGGCGGGCAUCGAUCCGGAGAAGGAUGUGGUGGCUGCGUCGGCCAAGUGGAUUGAUUCCGUUUGGCAUGGGCGUGCUUGGUCGUGGGAGAAGAUCCCCUGGUUGAUUGAACAGUGGAAGAAGAUUUCUGGGGGUCGGCCGUUCGCUAUCAAGGGGAUCCAGUCUGUGGCGGAUGCGAAGAAGUGCGUUGAGUAUGGGGUUGAUGGUAUUGUGGUGAGCAAUCAUGCGGGUAGACAGGUUGACGGUGCUAUUGCGAGUCUUGAUGCGUUGGAGAAUAUUGCCAAUGCGGUCGGCAAUCAGAUUUACAUCAUGUUUGAUUCUGGGGUUCGUGGAGGCAGUGAUGUCGCUAAGGCGUUGGCUCUGGGAGCUCGCUUUGUUUUCGUCGGUCGGCUCUGGAUCUGGGGUCUCAGUAUCAUGGGUGAGGAGGGGGUUCGUCAUGUGAUGAAGUCGCUGUUGGCCGAUUUCGAUAUUCUGAUGGCUGUUGGAGGGUACAAUAGCGUUAAGGACUUUGAUAAGUCUAUACUAGAAUCGUACCCGAAGUCAUACACACUCAUCCCGGACAAGGUUCUUUAA